CAGAACCCUGAGAAGCUCAUCAGCGUCGUGACCACAGUGCAGAUGAGAACGCCUACACGCGUGCAGAGUUUAUAGCCUCUGCCUGCACGGGGGAAACGCUGAACAAUGGAUGCUCGAGAAAGAGCAGCUCGACUAGAAAUUUCUACCCGAAACCCUCAAGAAGACUUUGAACUUCUGCAGCGGGUUGGCGGAGGGACCUAUGGGGAAGUGUAUAAGGCGAGGAACAGAGAGUCGGGGAAGCUGUCUGCUAUCAAAAUUGUGAAGAUGGAAGCAGAUGAUGACUGUGUUGCUAUCCAGCAAGAGAUCGUGAUGGUGAAAACGUGCAAACAUCAGAACAUUGUCGCGUACUAUGGGAGUUACAUCCGGUUCAACAAGCUGUGGAUUUGCAUGGAGUUCUGUGGGGGAGGCUCUCUCCAAGACAUCUAUCAAGUCACGGGGCCCCUGUCUGAGCUACAGAUUGCCUACAUAUGCCGAGAAACCUUGCAAGGUUUGUCUUAUCUUCACAACCAAGGCAAGAUCCAUCGAGACAUAAAGGGAGCCAACGUCCUUCUCAACGACCAGGGAGAAGUAAAACUGGCUGAUUUUGGAAUCUCAGCUCAACUCAGUGCCACCUUUGCCCGCCGAAUGUCUUUCAUUGGGACCCCUUACUGGAUGGCCCCUGAAGUGGCAGCUGUGGAACUGAAAGGGGGGUACAAUGAACUCUGUGACGUGUGGUCGGUGGGCAUCACGGCAAUUGAGUUGGCUGAGCUGCAGCCCCCCAUGUUUGAUACGCAUCCUUUGCGGGUCCUGGUGCUGAUGACUAAGAGCGGCUACCAGCCCCCGAAGCUGAAGGAGAAGGCCCGGUGGACCUCUGCCUUCCACAACUUUGUCAAGGUGACACUAACCAAAAAUCCCAAGAAACGGCCUAGUGCCUCCAAGAUGCUCACGCACCAGUUUGUUACCCAGACAGGGCUCACUUGGAGCCUGACCCUUGACCUCUUGGAGAAAGUGCGCAAUCCUGACCAGCUCCCCAGCUGCAGAGGUGAGACAGAUGAAGAGGAACAAGAGCUGCCUCCGCCCCCGGUGCCCCGAAGAAUUCACUCCACUCAGCGGCAGGGCGUGACUUCUCCUGGAUAUGCUGAUGCCCAGGAGCAUAAUUUCAGCCUCACCUUCCAAAGAAGACACAGUCUGAAGUCUUCAAACUUCAUGGAGAUCACGUUGGACCCAGGCUACAAUUCUGUUACAGACAACACUCUCUAUGAUUCUGAACUCAGCAGCAGGAAGGAUACAGCAGACUCCGAUUAUGAUGAUGUGGAUAUCCCCAGCAGAACAGACCUAAUCAGGGACACUCUGCCUUCUGGCCUCCCACCCCCACUACCUCCCAAGCCCAAACUUUGGCUCCCAUCAGAUGAAACUGCGGUGGAUCGAUCCUAUGACCACUUUCCUGCCACAUCCCUAAUACGAGGACGGUGCUCCAGUGGACCUGUCAUGGGUUGGACCUCUCCAAAAAGUAACCUGAGGAGAGCCCAAGCCUCUCAGCUCACCGCCAAAUCAGUCCCAGAACUGCGAUCAGAUCCCCCGGAUGACAUGCCACCCAGCCUUCCUCCGAAGCCAGAGAGGAAACAGAAACCGGACAGGACCCUCUUCAAGAAAGUGUUCAACGAGUGCCCCUUGCACCUCACCUCGGCCACCGCUUGGACCCAUCCAAAUACAAACGAGUCGCAUUUAAUUCUGGGUGCUGAAGAAGGAAUCUUUGCUCUGAACCGGAGUGAGGCAGAACCUGCUCUAGAGCUGCUCUAUCACAGCCGAACAACGUGGGUUUACUGCAUAGGAAAUGUUCUCAUGUCGCUUUCUGGCAAGGCUCCCCAGCUCUUCUCCCACAAUUUACUGGGUCUGCAUGAGCAGAGCAAGAGGGACCAACGCCUUGUGGUAUCCCUUUCCCCCCACAGGCUAUUGCCCAGGAAAAAUGUCAUCACCACCAAGAUUCCUGACACUAAAGGAUGCCAGAAAUGUUGCACAGCCAGGAACACCCAGAACAGUUGCCACUUUCUCUGUGGAGCGUUGGAGGCGGGGGUGGUACUGCUGCAAUGGUAUGAACCCAUGCAGAAAUUCAUGCUGGUCAAGUACUUUGAUUUCCCCCUGCCUUCGUUGCUGCCCGUCUUUGAGAUGCUGAUGACUCCUGACGAGGAAUAUCCGGUGGUCUGCAUUGGUGUGAGCAAGGGCCCACCAGGACAGGCCGUGCAGUUCCAAGUCAUUAACCUUAAUUCCCUAACUUCCUGGUUUAUCAGCGACAAACUGGAACUUUCCUGCUCUGGCUUUGUCCAGGUGACUCAGUUGGAUAACAAGAUGGUGAUGGUUCUGAUGGACAGAAGCAUCCAGUUUGUCAGCCCCCAAGGGGCACUGCUUGAAUCCCCACCAAAACUCACCUUUGACGUAGCAGUGGAGUCAGUUGCACUGGUGCAGAACUGCGUGCAUGCAUUUUGGCGCCAUGGUGUACAGACGCGGCCACUUGGAUCAGGGCAGGUAGCACAGGAGCUGCAGGAUCAACGGUGGACCUUCCGCCUACUGGGAGCCUCCAGCACCAUUGUAUUAGAGACACGGCCAGUGGACGAUCCAAAUUCCACCAGCAACCUCUACGUGCCGGAAUGAUGGUGGUCUAACCUCGACCUGCUGGUUGCUCAGACCUGCUGUUUCCUGCCUUCUGGAACUGAUUCCUCGAAGAAUAGCAAGUGACAGGGAAGGGGACUCAAAUCUGUCAGACACCUCAGUGCUGUCCUGGAAGCUGGCAAGACAGGGCUGGAAGUGGAAAAUCCCCCAUCUGCCCAGCUAACCUCUUUGGCCAACCUCAGCAGCUUCAACCAGAAGCACCAAGAGACACCAGUGCCCUGGUUUUAUGCUUCUCCUUAGAUACAAUUCAGCCUCAGUAAACAGCAUGUUCAGUUUUUCCUUUCACAUAUGUGCUCUCUCCUCUGAUAGAUAUACCUCUGUGUGCAUGUGUGUAUAUGUUAAUAUACCAAAGAGCAGUGUCCAGUGAUGUGGCUAAGCUGUGUCUGGCUGGAGCUCCUGCUGUUGGAUCGGUUCUUGUGCAACCAAAGCGUCGGAUACAGGGAGGACUCCAACACUGCCUGAGUAGGGGGGCUGGAAGAGGGCAGCCCCAGGCUGGUCUGAAGCUUAUGGAACAGAACUGUUCAGAUCUCUUCUCAGCCAAGAUUCACCUGCUCACGGCUUACAAAACCAGGGUGGCUAUAUUCGCCCAAGCCACGAUGGCUUAGUGUAAUGUGAUAACCCAAGCUGGUGUUUGUUACUAGCUUCCUACCUGCAGCAGACCGAUACCAAUAAAAUGUACGGCGAUCCAAAAGCAGACUAUUGAAAAUCCAGAAUGAACUGCAGUGGGGAAGAGCAAUAGCGUCUCGUUCAUUGGCUCUGCGAAGGAUAAUGCCGACUCAGUGGUUGCAGCAGUCUAUGGUUUUAUUGGCAGAGAACCAAGCUGGACUCGAGGGACGGGAGAACAACAGAGGGGUCUGCAUCUCCACAACAGACCUGGCUUCAAAGGUUCAGGGUGCCGGUAGUUCAAUCAGGGGCAGCAAAGGGCAAUUUUGUGCAGCAGCUUAAGGGGCUGCGGAUCCCCGAAGGGCAAUGCAGCCUCCUGAGCUGGGGCCCCUUGCUCCCCCCAGCCCCAAUGCACACACAGAUCUGGGUAAAUUGGGUGGGGUUUCUGGUGCCUUCUCAAUUCCAGAUGGAGCCACUGGUGCAAGAGAAGGCCCCCACCAAACAAAUUAUAAGCUUCACAAAUGAGGUGGAG